AUGUCACUCGAUCAGCUUCUCAGAUCUUCCAGAUUGAACCAGCGCGCACCAGCACCCGUUAGCGACGCUAUUGAUGGCGACAUUGGAGACAGCAAAGAGUAUGUUCAGCUUGUUGUUGGCCCAACGUCCGAAGUCCGCAGGCUUCCAAUGAACGCUGUAUGGGACAGACCCUACUUCCAGGACUCACGAACUGGAAUAAAUUACUUCAGACAAAACGAAGACGGCAUCUGGGAGCUCCACCACCCUCAGCUCGCCUCAAUCACGAUUGACGACUUUCGAUUCGUUGGAGAAUACAUGGAAGUUGAAAGGUUUGGCAUUCGAGUACCAGACACAUUCGAGGAGAAUAAAGAAGCCAUUGCCCAGUGCGUCGCAGCCUGGGAGGCCGCUGAAAAGCUCGGUAUGGAUGACAUGCUGGACCACAUUGCUAACAAGGUGAAAUAUCUUGAGUGGGACAAUGAGGACAUGUUGAUCAUGGCGACUUUCGUCUAUCGAUCCAGAGACGUGACACUGCCUGGACACACCACCAUCAGAGACUGGGCGGCCAAGGCGCUCGCGCAACAUUUCUGGACGUACAUUAAGGAUGCCAACAUCGGCUCUCUCUUCCGGAAACUAUUGCGAAGUCUUCCCGAGCUCGAGCGAGAUCUUUUCAUGAGGAGGGCAACUUCAUUGGGGACAGGCGUGGAAAUGCUCGAGGAUCAGGAGAGCGAUGAGGAUGAACUGGCUGGGGAUGAACACCUUUGA